CAUCUCGAUUAUUGAUAUUUUUUUUUUCUCCAAAAAUACACCCUAGCAUCGUCGCGAUGAGUUUGAACCGGCGACUCAGACCGAACCCGCCGAGUCAGAGGUCCGAUUCAGAUGACCUCGGAAUUCUCAACGAGCGGAUACUAUUCCUCGUUUUCCGGUCCAUGAAAUGGAAUAUUCAGGCGCUCUGCUCAACCGCGUCGGUGAACCACAAGCUCCGAGCAAUCGUGAAGAGGCUGCUGUGGCGGGAGCUCUGCGCGCAUAGCGCCCCGCGCAUGAUAGCGUCGCUGGAGAACGCUGUGCCGAGCGGUCGAAUCGGCGGCGGAUGGCACACGCUCGCGAAGCUCAUGUUCUUUUGCUGCGGCUGCGAGCCGACUCGGAAUUUCAAGGUGAGUCGACCCACCCCGGGCCACUUCGUCAAAUCGUCGAGGUUCUCUAAGACUUCGGGUCAGAGCUUCUUGACGAAGCGGUGCCGGGGCGAUUUGCUGUACGUCAGCGACCCGUGCGAGCAUCAGAUGGGGGAGAAGGAAGACGAUUUGGGGAUUUACAGAGGGGUAUUUAAGGGAUUUGACAAGUCAAAGACGAGGGCGUAUUUGAUCGGACGGCGAGUAAAGCUUGAAGAAAGGGUGAGAUGUCCUUACUGUGGGGCCCCCGAGUGGAGCAUGACCACGGCUGGGCUGGUGCCCAAGAGCGCGGCUCGGAGGCUUGGCUCGCAUCAUGGGGCGUUGGAGUAUUUUGUGUGUGUGAACGGGCACAUGCAUGGUUCGUGUUGGCUGGUGCCUUUGUCGUCCGAUGAUAAUGAGGAUGAUGAGAUGGACGGUAGUGAUUACUCCGAUUUCAAUGAUAAUGAUGGUGGAGUCCGCAGAAUUGGCUACGACGAUCGGACGGCCACAAAUGGAAGUAUGUGCUCUAUGGGGGAGGAAGUUGUAGUGGACGGGCCCGCAAAGUAACUGCCCUCUGGGGCCCGUUUUGAUGGGUCGAUGUUGGACCGUUGCUUUUGGUUUCUCUCCGGUGAUUCGCACCUGUGGAGAUUUUUUGGGUGUGGGAUGAUGUGGAGAUUGGAUAACAUAAAUUUAGGCUGACGUGUAACAUUUUUGUGGAAAUUAUUUGUGUGAGUUCCGUUCCGCUGC